CGGAGGAAGCCGGUCCACCAAAGCUUCUUGCUGUGCUCCGCCCCGUCUGGAGGAGUGGGGGAGGCACAGGAAGUGAGACCGCUGAAAGCGGCGGGCGUUAUCCUCCCCAUCUCCUCUUCUGCGGAGGGGAGGCAAAAAUCCGUCCUCGCUGAUGAAAUGCUGCCUUGAAGAAAAGUCUGUUUUCCCAGUGUAGAAAACAAGAUGCAUGUUUUUCAUUCUCAUAGAUUGCUGAAGUUGUCACCCACCAAGGAAAAGGGUUGUAUCUGACAUGGUGCUUGUAGUCUGUGCUAUUCAAUAAGGGGCAGGACUUGAAUACAGCUGUCUGCUUUUUGCACAAAUGCUCGCCAUUUAAUAUUGGAUCCUUCAUCGUGGAGAAUCAAGUGGGCAAUUUUUUUCAGUCCUCAACUUUCAGACUGUUACAACCAACACAUCUUUUUGGAUAGUGUCUCUGGAGCCUGGUCAUAUGCAUUCUGUGAUUUUAAGAACUUAAUACUAAUUAUAUGGUUAUUAGGUUAUUAAACCUGGAGGGAUAAAUUUGAGGGAAACUGCAUGCGGCUGCUACUUGCUCUGGUUGACAUUGGAUUAUUGUGUGCUGGAUCUGAAAUCUAGGUUGCAAAACUCCCCCAUCUGCUCCUUUCUUAGCAGCAGCAUUACUGACACACAUAAUAGUGGUUACAAUUUUGUACCUUUUUUCCUUUUAGACCAUACAGCAGGGAAAACUGCUUUAAUUUUUGUCAGAAGAUUUUUAAAAUAGUUUUUGAACUAAAAAGGGCAAAUAUGUCCUUCUUUAACUUUCGUAAGAUCUUCAAGUUGGGAGGAGAAAAGAAGAAGAAACAGUAUGAGCAUGUCAAGAGAGAUUUGAACCCAGAAGAUUAUUGGGAAAUUAUAGGAGAAUUGGGUGAUGGUGCUUUUGGAAAAGUAUUUAAGGCUCAGAACAAAGAAACAAAAGUCCUUGCUGCUGCAAAGGUCAUUGAUACUAAAUCUGAAGAAGAACUUGAAGACUACAUGGUUGAAAUUGAUAUCUUGGCAUCCUGUGAUCAUCCUAAUAUUGUCAAACUGCUUGAUGCUUUUUAUUAUGAAAAUAAUCUUUGGAUCCUCAUUGAGUUCUGUGCUGGUGGUGCAGUUGAUGCAGUAAUGUUGGAACUUGAAAGACCACUGACAGAGCCACAGAUCAGAGUAGUUUGCAGGCAGACUCUUGAGGCACUGCAUUAUCUUCACGAAAACAAGAUCAUUCACCGAGAUCUAAAAGCUGGCAAUAUUCUUUUCACUCUAGAGGGAGAUAUUAAACUAGCGGAUUUUGGAGUAUCUGCUAAAAAUACAAGGACAAUCCAGAGACGAGAUUCUUUCAUUGGCACUCCAUAUUGGAUGGCUCCUGAAGUGGUUAUGUGUGAGACAUCUAAAGACAAACCUUAUGAUUAUAAAGCUGAUGUCUGGUCUUUAGGUGUCACUUUAAUAGAAAUGGCUGAAAUAGAACCACCUCAUCAUGAAUUAAAUCCAAUGCGUGUUCUUCUGAAAAUAGCGAAGUCAGAACCACCUUCAUUGGCACAACCAUCAAAAUGGUCUGCUGAUUUUAAGGAUUUCUUAAAGAAAUGUUUGGAAAAGAAUGUGGAUACCAGAUGGAACACUGCUGAACUUCUGCAGCAUCCAUUUGUUACUGUAACUUCCAAUAAACCAAUCAGAGAGCUGAUUGCAGAAGCAAAGGCUGAAGUCACUGAAGAAGUAGAGGAUGGAAAAGAUGAAGAUGAAGAGGAGGAAUCUGAAAAUUCUCUUCAGUUACCUGCAAAUAAGCGAGCCUCAUCUGACCUCAGCAUUGCCAGCUCUGAAGAGGAUAAGCUUUCACAGAAUGCAUCUAUGCUGGAAUCUGUUUCAGAGAGACUAGAGCAUUCAUCCAUGGAAGAGACAAGUACUAAUAUAAUCGAAAGAGAAAAGAUAAGUAUGGAGCCUGGCAGAAAUGAAGAUGAAAUAUCCACAGAAGACACAAGUGAUACCAAGCAGAACAAUAUCGAAAAAGGAGAGAAUGAACUGGCAUUACAAUAUGAAGUUGAAGAAGCAAAAAAGAGUGAAAAUUGUGAUCAAAAUGCAAUAUUGAAUAAAGAUACUAUAGCACAGAAAGAAGAAAAGGAAAUCGAUACAGUAUUUUCUAUAAUGAAUGUCAAGCCGAAUCAGGAAACAGAAAAAGAAAAUGCUUUGUCAAAUGAAUCACUGGUUGAGAACAGAAAUAAAAUUACUCUUGAAAUUGAAGACAGCAAUGUAGAAAUUAGAGAAAUAAUUUCUAAUGAGACUGACAUGCAAGAAGAAAAGCAAAGUUGCAUAGUCAUCCAGGAAAAUAAAGCUGUGGAGGAAAUAUCAACAGAAAGAAGUAAAGCGAUUAAGGAAUUACAAGGAAAUGAAAAAUGUGAAGAUGAUGUUCUGAAAGUAAUUGAAGAUCAGAAAUCUGAAGCAACUGCCAGUAUGGAAAUGCCAGAUAUAGAUGAAUUAUUUGAUAAGCAGCAGAAGCAAAUAAAAGAAGAUACAAGUAGUGCUGAAGAGGGAGGUAUUACUAGCAAGGUUCAGAUGACAGAUUCAGUUAAAGUGAUUGAAAGCACCAAGCAGCCAACAGAGUGUACUUCUGAGGAUGCUCGGGGGCAAAUGACCUCUGAACCAACUUUUAUUCAGAAUGCUGUCAAAACUGUGGAUUUUGAUCAGCAACAGGUAGCAGGAGAUUAUGAUGAUCCUAACCAGAGAAGCACCUCAAAGGACACUGAGGUCAACGUUUCAGAAAAAGUGGAAGUCAUGAAACAGAAGCCACCUCAAGAUGAGGCUAUACAUGCUGAAAAAGGAAAGAGAACUGAAGAAGUCAACACAGAACAUGAGGUGUACAUUGCAGAACCUGAUGAUAAAUUAGAAAGAAGAGCUGAAGAAAACCACAAGAAUAAUUCUCAAAUAAGCACAAAUCUUGAGGUGGCUUCCUGUGACUUACCAAUUAAAAAUCAGCUUGAAGAUAGUGCAGUGAAACAAUCACUUGAACAUGAGGCAUCUCCGGUACCAACUAUAAAUGUUAGCUGCAUAGAAAAUGAGACGCAAGAUAAAUCAAGGAGUCAGGAUAAUAGUGAACACACACAGUAUCUUGAUCCUGAGAGUGCUAAAGAAAAUGAUACAGAUUCAGGCACUGGUUCUACAGCUGAUAACAGCAGCAUUGAUUUAAAUUUGUCAAUUUCCAGCUUCCUCACUAAAAACAAAGAUGGUGGAUCAAUAUCUUUACAAGAAACUAAAAGACACAAGAAAACUUUAAAGAAAACUCGGAAAUUUAUUGUUGAUGGUGUAGAAGUGAGUGUGACUACUUCGAAAAUAGUCACCGACAAUGAUUCUAAAAGUGAAGAACUUCGGUAUCUUCGGCGUCAAGAAUUACGGGAGCUACGGCUUCUCCAGAAAGAAGAACAACGAGCUCAGCAGCAACUCAGUAACAAGCUAUUACAACAGCGAGACCAGAUGUUUAGACGCUUUGAACAGGAAAUGACAAGUAAGAAGCGGCAGUAUGACCAGGAAAUUGAAAACCUAGAAAAACAGCAAAAACAGACAAUAGAACGCUUAGAACAGGAGCAUACAAAUCGCUUACGUGAUGAAGCCAAACGCAUCAAAGCAGAACAAGAAAAAGAAUUGUCCAAGUUUCAAAAUAUGUUGAAAAACAAAAAAAAAGAGGUUUUUAAUGAAGUGGAGAAAGCACCAAAAGAGCUGAGAAAAGAGCUCAUGAAACGCAAGAAAGAGGAGCUUACUCAAACCCAGCAUGCUCAGGAGCAAGAGUUUGUGCAGAAACAGCAACAAGAACUGGAUGCAUCUCUAAAAAAAAUAAUUCAGCAGCAGAAAGUAGAGCUGGCAACCAUUGAACGGGAUUGUCUUAAUAACAAGCAGCAGCUCAUGAGAGCCAGGGAAGCUGCAAUAUGGGAGCUUGAAGAGCGACACUUGCAGGAAAAACAUCAGCUGCUGAAACAGCAGUUGAAGGAUCAGUACUUCAUGCAGAGACAUCAGCUGCUUAAACGGCAUGAAAAAGAAACAGAGCAAAUGCAAAGAUACAACCAACGACUCAUUGAAGAGUUAAAAAACAAACAUACUCAGGAAAAAGCUCGAUUGCCCAAAAUCCAGCGUAGUGAAGCCAAAACGAGAAUGGCAAUGUUUAAGAAAAGCCUCAGAAUUAACUCUUCAAGCACUCCAGAGCAAGAUCGUGAAAAGAUCAAGCAGUUUGCUGUUCAAGAAGAAAAGAGGCAGAAAAAUGAAAGGUUGGCUCAGCAUCAGAAACAUGAAAAUCAAAUGCGAGAUCUUCAGUUGCAGUGUGAAGCUAACAUUAGAGAAUUACACCAGCUACAGAAUGAGAAAUGCCAUCUGCUGGUCGAACACGAGACUCAGAAACUAAAAGAGUUGGAUGAAGAACAUAGCCAAGAGCUCAAAGAAUGGAGAGAGAAACUAAGACCAAGGAAAAAGACAUUAGAAGAGGAAUUUGCCCGGAAGCUUCAAGAACAAGAAGUUUUCUUUAAGAUGUCUGGAGAAUCUGAAUGCCUUAAUCCUUCAACUCAAAGCCGGAUUUCAAAAUUCUACCCAAUUCCUACGUUGCAUUCCAGUGGAUCAUAACUCUUGAACCUCUGUGAGGUGGCUUUCCAUGUGCUUUUGACAUUGGCAAUUUACCAUAUUCUGUUUCUGCAAUGUAUACGUCCAAAAAACCUCAGUCAAACUUCAUCUGCUUUCAGUGGAGACAAUCAAGGGUGUCAGAAUUUCCCUUUUUUGCUUUUGUUUUGUUUUGUUUUAAUGCUGGAUAACAAUUUAAAUUAGAAGCACAGAGGCUGAUCUUGAAAUAGAAUAUGGUACAAUGUUUUUCAAAAAUAGAUACCUUUUUGAAAACUGAUCUAAAAAGUGUAUACCCAAUAUAUUUGCACUGGGAAGAAAGCAUAACCAUUUAAUGAUCAUUUGCAGUGUCCCAAGAAUUAAAUACAGACAAUUCUUAGAGAAAGCCUGUACUGGUAAUUCAACCAAAUCUUUAUUAUGAGGCAGUAUAUCCCCAGCCUCAUUUAUUCAGUGCCUGAAACCAUUAAACAUACUGCUCUUUUAUAAAAGGUUUGUGAUUAUCACUUACUAAACUGUUGAUAUUAAUAUAAUAUAAAUGGUUGCUGUUACUGUGACAAUGUUUGUCAAAUCCUUGCACUGAGCAUCCCUGCUCAACUUUAAAAUGUACAAUUUAUAGCCCCUCCCUUUCCAUUUUCUAUUUGGCUAGUAGUAAUCUAUAAAUUGCAGUGAAAUCGUAGAAGGUAUAUCUUUCUAAAAGAGGGAAAAUGGAUUCAUUCUCACCGCACCCCCCCAAGCAGCUCUCCGCCAUCACAUGUAGAGCAGCAUUGUCCAAUUUCAGUGCUUCGGAUAUCCGUCCUUGCAAAUUAAUGUUUUGAUUUCCAGAUACAAGUGAUUUUUUGUAAAAAUUUCAAUAUGUACAUUGAUCUAUGGAAGGAUUCACGUUAAAUGCAGAGACCGUUUAAUCUGUUACAUCAUUUACUCCGAAGUAAGUAAAUGGUUUAUUUCUAAAAUUCAUAGCUCUACUGUAAUUUAUUUUCUGUUGGGAUGGGAAAUAUUUCUGUCAGCAGGAGUUGUGUCUACUUUCAUUGAAAAAGGCAAACUUUUCAGAAAUGAAUCUUAUCAAAAACUAUUGCUUUUGUUAUGCCAAAAUUAAGUUUGUAAUAUAAAUGUCCUCUGUAGCCUAAUCCUUUAACAGGUAAUUUUGGAUUAUCAUCUGUACAUUUUCAUAUUUUGCUAUCUUUCAUUAAAGGCAAGACUGAUUACCUUUUAUACAAAGGAAGCAGAUUAAAAAAUUACAUACUGCCUUAAUGAAAUGUGAUCAAUACUUUGGCUACUGAAUUCAGAUACUUAGUUUGACUUUAUCCAGUUGCUCAACUGAUUCAGUAUAAGUAUAGUUUGAAGGUGCAUAUUUUCAGUUAAAUUCUGUUCAUUGAAAAUAAUAAUUUGCUUGCAAAGUAUAGCUAGCCUUAAUAUCUGUUAUCUUAUUUUAUAAAUAUGUACUGUGCACCAGGCUGUAAAUUCAUUUAUAUGUUACUAGAGUGUUAUGUUUGCUAUAUUACAUUCUUAAUGUUUUUUUCAGAACUGCAUAGGUGAGAAAGUAUCCAAAAGCUUUUACUUUUUUAAAGCUUCACCUUGUGAAAUUACUAGUAUUGACUGUAACAUUAAAUACUCUCUGUUUAAUCAACAGAUAA